UGUUAACUUUUCAUUUAAACGUUAAGACAAACAGUUGCAUUUUGUGAGCUAAAGCGUUAAGAACAAUUUGAAAUUUAAUAUUGGAAGUGUAAUUCAAAUCAAAAUAAACAGUGACUUUCACACAAACGAGUUAGCUUUUGAUUUAGUUUUUAUAAUGCGAAGUAUUGUUAUAUUUGCGGUACUCUUGAGUGCUGCUGCUGGAUAUAGUCCAUCUAGCUAUAUAUCUCAGCAAAGCCUCACUAAACCAAAAGAUAGCGACUCUGAUGAGCCACAGAAGGAAACAACUGCAUCAAGUGUCAGUGCAACGCCGAGUACACCGCUUUUAACGACCCUUGCAGCUGUGUCGAGUACAGUGAAACCCUCACCUGAACCACCAACAAAAGAGGAAGAGACAUUAUCAGAAUUACCAACAUCUUUGCCGACAUUGGUGGCCUUUGAAGAGCUCGAAAGUGAUAUACCAAAACGACGUGUAAUUACGUACGAUCAGCGGCAAGAGGGUCAAUAUAAUAUACGUGCAGAUUUGGAAAACUUUAUGAUCAUACUUAUACCACCAAGGCCUGCUGAAGGUUUGAGUUUGCUUAACUUAUUAACGAAAUCAAGCUUAAGUCGCCACUCAUCUUCGUCGAAAAGUAAGCGGAAACACCACACAAAUUCUGUUUCAGUUCAACCCAGCCUUGGUUCCACAAAGUAUUUGCAAUCAUUAAAAUCUGGUAGUAGUCCACAAUUUAAUUACUUGUCGCGACAUGCAUCGGAUUCAGUUCCAAGUCACACUUUUUUUGCGCCUGAACAACAAAAUCAAUUGCAACGAUUAAGUCUUGCCGAUAGUCUUUCAACUCAACGUUUGCCCGAAUUCAUUGAGGGACGUACACCUUAUCACGUUGAUAUAUCGGCCAGCGAUGAUGAACAAUCUCGUUUACAUCCCAAUCGUCAAGUAGAUGUGUUGCCACCACCUUACCCAAUUGCACAUCCACAUUUCAUCAAACCCUAUCACUUGGAAGUUGAACCAACUGUCAUACAAACAUUACCGCCAGCUGAACUCAGUGCGGCACAUCAUAGCAGCAACAAUUUUUUGGACACUUACAAUCAGUUAUUGGCAUCCAAUUUGCAGGAGAAUAAUGGUGAGUCCGGCAGAAGUGAAAAUGUGCCUAGCGAAGAUAAUGGAUAUUAUCGUGUUUCACGUGCAAUACGCAGUGAUAAUUUCCUAGAUACAAAUCGUGUUACCUCUUCCAAUAGUUUGAAUUUUGAUACCGCUGCCAGACGUUCGCAUGUGCCACUAUAUCGCGCUGAUCUCUCAUAUGGUGCUGCUAAUACAUAUAACGUUGAUGUGCCACGUUUACCCAGUGGUUAUUUGGCAAUAAAUACCAAUGCACGUAAUUUUGAUUUGAACAAUGACGAUCGAGAACAAAAUCUGGAGGAGAAUCAUACAGGCGAAAUUAUUAUUCCACCUAGUUUACCCAUUGACGAUGUGCUAGAAUUAGACGCACGUGGUGUUAGCUUCUUGGAUUCGGAUGCAAAGGAACUAUUAAGCGAUGGAAUGGAACGCUGCGCACCUGGUCGUCGCCGUGAUAGCUACGGAGUGUGUCGAGAAAUUGAAGGCUAUUAAUGAAGCAUUUGAUGAAGUGCAAAGUACAUAAGCGCAGUAAUACGUUUUAUUCAGAAGCUAUUAGCAAAAGAUAAAUUAUUAAUCUUCCUUCCUUUA